AUGAAGUUCGCCGCUCCGCUUCUAUGCCUGGGCGUGGCCAACGCUUUUGUCCUUCCGGACGCCAAGCCCUUCCUCAGGCCCGGAUCCGAGGAUGACCAGCAGUGGUCGUUCUGGGACAAGCUGCCCUCCAAGGAGUCGGUCGUCUCCACUUUCAAGAAUGCUGCCGACACUGUCACCCUCGACAACCUCCUCGAAGCUGUCGAUCGGACCUGGAACGCAAAGGACUCCCUUCAGGGGCUCUUGGAGGACGGCUUCGACGAUGACUUUGACGCGUUCGAUGAGUAUUUUGACGAAUUUGACGAUGAGUUCGAUGAGUUCGACGAGUUCGACGAUGACUUCGAUGACGGGUCAGAUGGUGACUUUGAAGAGUUUGACCACCCUCACGGUCCAGGCCAUCGCCGGCCCCACAAAGGGCACAGAUGCAACUUGACCGUCUACGAACUCAUCUCCAAGAGCAAGCACACCACCAAGUUCGCCAAGCUUGUCGACGAGCACGACGACAUCGUCAAGCUGCUGAACAGCACCGAGGCCAACUACACCCUCUUUGUCCCUGUCGACGAGGCUUUCGAGCAUAUUCCCGACGACAAGAAGCCAAGCAAGGAGUUCAUCGAGGCCGUCCUCAGGUAUCACGUCGGUGUCGGCCUGUACCCUGUCCGCCGCAUCCUGGCCACCCACACCCUGCCCACGGCCUACCGUGAGAGCUGGCUCGAUGACAAGCCUCAGCGCCUUCGCACCAGCGUCAGCCUUUCUGGUCUGCGUGUCAACUUUUACAGCAAGGUCAUUGCAUCCAAUGUUGUUGCAAAGAACGGCAUCAUCCAUGCUGUAAACCACAUUCUGGUUCCCCCACCCAUGGUUGGAAAGGAGAUUAGUCUGUUCCCCAGCGUCUUCUCCACCCUCCUCCUUGCCUACGAGAAGACCGAGUUUGUCAAGUUCAUCCACAACGUCAAGAUGAGCGGCAGCACUGUCUUUGCCCCGUCCAACGGUGCCUUCGCGAAGCUUGGUGUCCCCGCCAACGCCUUCCUGUUCAACACCGAGGCUGGUCUCAAGUACCUCAAGGCGCUGCUCAAGUACCAGAUCGUCGCCAAUGCCACCCUCUACAGCGACGCCUUCUACGAGGCCGGCAAGGACAAGGACACCGACAUCGGCUCUGGCCACCACCACCUGGAUCUGGCCACUCUGCUCGACGACAAGAGCAUCGCUGUUGACAUCGCCCGCUGGGGUGGCUUCAUCCGCAUGCGCCUCAACGGCUACGUCCGCGUCGGGCUCCAGGACGGCAUUGCCAAGAACGGCGUCAUUCAGGUCGUCGACAGCGUGCCUAUCCCGCCUCACAAGCACCACGGCGACGAGGGUCUGGAAGACGGCCAGAUCACUGUGGAGGAACUGAAGGAGAGGCUUGCCGGCUUCCUGGAUGAUGAGGAGCAGCAGCGGGAUGAGGACAAGGAAGAUGUUGAUGACAUUGCUGUUGAGCUCUAA